CACCUGAAUCCACCAGUGUACUGUAGCUUUUUGGAGGUCGGGAACUCGAUCAUUAUCAGACCACCACUUGUCAUGACCCUGAUGGUCGCAUAGUAACAAUUUACAAUCAAACUCUCUGUCGCGGAAUCCCCCAUAAGUAUAGGUUGAGCUAGUCCGUCUAGAGUGUGAGAAACUACUUUAUCGCGGACAGCAAUGGCUAUACGAACAAAUGAUGAUUCGAGUAACAACGAAGGUGUCAAUGUUUCGCCAUCGGGCGAACAGGAUAGGGUGGUCGAGAAGGCAAAGGUUGAUCUCAACGGCGUUGCAAAGACCCUCCUCGUUACUCUGAUUGCCCGAGCCUAUGACUUUUCCACCCCUCGACCCAUUCUCGGCGAUCCAUACGCUAAAGAUAUAUUGGAGCGGCUCGACUUCGAUGUCACGAAGAUGACUUUGACACUGAACCAGAUGGCGAGCAUCGCACUUCGAACGAGCCAUUUCGACCGAUGGACUUCCGAUUUCCUGCACCGUAAUCCGGACACCACAGUACUGCAUAUAGCAUGUGGCCUGGAUAGCCGGAUGGACCGUGUGAAAUGGGGCGAAAACACUCGGUGGGUUGAUAUUGACCUUCCCGAGGUCAUUGAGCUUCGAAGAAAGGUUCAACCUACGUCCUUGCCUGGUCGAGAUUACUCGGUACUAGGAGUUGACGUGCUCAACGAGGAUUGGAUGCAUGGAAUCUCCACUGACGGACCAGUGCUUGUGGUGAUGGAGGGACUGCUAUGCUAUCUGCCUGAAGAGGAUGGGAAACGGCUGUUACAACGAGUCUGUGAGACCUUCCGCCGAGGUGAAUUACUUUUCGAAUGUAUCAGUUCUCUCACUCUCCAAACCCUCAAUGGGAAGACGCCAAUACAGUCCAUCAGCAGCACCGGCGCUGUGUUCCAUUCCUCUGUGGACGAUCCCAAAGCUGUAGAACUCUUCCAUCCCGAUUUAAAAUUGGUUGAAUCGGUCCGUCUAGCAGAAGCACCAGGUGUCGAAAUGUUCCCCCUUGGCUUUCGUGCACUCAUGUAUUUACGAUCCUGGAUCCCUGGUGUUCGCGACGCUGCAAGGUUCCUCCGCUUCUCGUUUGGCGAAGUGGGAGUAGUUCCAGAUCAAUAGCGGGUGUUCAUCUUGAGCGUUCCGCAAGGCUUUGGCCAUUCGGGAUGAUGAAGCUACAUAGAGGCACUCUCCUCGGCUACCGGCAAGAAAUGCUCCUCAGAAUAAUCAUCACUUUAAUAGCAAUACGAGCAACAAUUACAAUGUAUGAAUAGAAUACCCUCCACCAACACGAAGGAGGGUGUUUAGUUAAUGUGAUUGGCUCCACAGGCUGUACUAGCUCGAA